AUGGGCAGUGACUACACACAUGCACAACAAGUGGUGCAGGUGAAUGCGCAGUGCGGAGACGACGUGACGCUGCCGUGCGCCGCCCCCAGACCCGACUCGGUGGACGGACUGGAGUGGACCCGCACCGACCUGGACCCGUACGUUUACCUGCUGAAGGAUGGGGUGGCGGCGCUGAACAAGCAGCACGAGGCCUACAGGGGGCGAGUCGAGCUCAAAGACGGCACGGCGGCUCUGUCUCUGCGAAACGUGACCAGCAAGGACAACGGGAAGUACGAGUGCCGCUACGUGAUCCAGGGCUCCGGUGUUUCCAAGAGGUCCAUCAUCAGCAGCGAGCCGGUCAGCGUCGUGAAACUCCGGGUAACACAGGCAGGUGGUGUUGGUGCAUGCAGAGGAGCAGAGGAUGAGGAGGAUGAUGAUGAUGAUGAUGGUGAUAAAAAUAAGAUCCGUGUGAUAGAUGAAGGAGAAGACCACUCUGCAUUUAUGAGACACCACUAUGUGACGUUUGGAGUCAUGGGGGCAUUUGGUUUGGUGGUGGCUGCGAUCACCUUCCUCAUGAUCCAGAUGUCCAACAACUCCUCCCUGCUACAAUGCAACAACAUAGGGAGUUAUGUGGCCUUCACCAGCUGGAUCGCCGUCUACCUGCACAUCUUUCCCACCUUCAUAUCCGUCACUUUCUUCGGUUUCAGAAAGUGGAAGUGGCACCGCUCCACCAUCACCCACUCGGACGUCUUCACUUUCCACAUGGUGGUGAUGGAGCUCCUGAACCUUGUGGGCUCGGGCUUGAGCUUCGUCCGACUCAUGUGGCGACCAAACUUAUCUGAAUCUGGAAUUGGCCUGAAGUACUUUGCCUCCAUCGGCGUGAUGUGGCUCCACAUUCUGACCAGCGUAGAACGCUACAUGGCCGUGCCUGGGGAAGUGGUUGGUGGGAACAGAAGGGUUGACCAAUCCAAACGAGCAACCAUGUACACCAUGAUAUACAUUCUGUGA